UGUCGAUUAGCAACAGGAUGACCAAUGAAAUUGGGUCUUCAUCUUCAGCUGCAUGAGUUUGUUUAUAUUUUAUUCCAGACUAGGUGCAUUCAUUUUUGAUCCCAAGAAGCAUCUUAUUUUGAUCAUAGCUCAUGGUUUUACACAUUGCAUGAAUCAUGGCAAGUAGUAGCAGCGGCGGAAAAUCCUGUUGGGAAAUAAAAAAUGACAACAGCAAAAGUUCAUCUGGUCAGUCGACCCAUGAGAAAAUCACCCUCUGCGUAAAAAACAAAAGCAAGCAAGAUUCACCAUCCACUAAAGAUGGACCUAAAAAGUCCAAAAGCUCCAAUAAGAAGAGCACCAAGGGUGGAGGCAGAUCGAGCAGCAACAGCAAAUCGUCGUCGAGAAAACAGAUCAAAGAGGAACUAAUUGGUGAAGACAACGCGUCCAGAGAGAUGGAUGAUGUCACUGAAAGAGAAGAAUCAGUGCCAGUACAGGCGGACGAGGCUGCCGUCCAACAGGCUAGACAAGAAAUGAUAAACAACGCUCUUCUCAAAGAAAUACUCAAUGAAAAAAAGAGGGCGCUGUUUGAAUCAGAGGAAAUGCUUCAAUUUUUCAAGGAGAGAGCUGAGAUAUUCUACAAAUCUCAGCCAACCCAGUAUUGAGAGACCUUGUCCAAGACGAAGAUUAACGAAUAAGUAUAUUAUAGGCAUAUAUUUAUUUAAAAUUGAAAAUAUUGAUAUAAGAUCAAUUGUGAUUUAUUUGUAAUUAUAUUUUACAUUUUCUUGGUAUCCAAGUUCACAGUACAAACUUGCGUGUUUCAUACCGGCAGCAUGAAAAAAGUAGUGCAUAAAAUUAACUUUCAAAUCAAAACCUUGGAAAUUUUCUCAAAGAUACGUAUCUCUACUUUUAUUGUUAGUUAUAUCUUAUAGUUUUAAAAUUAACCCACUUGAACCCACUCUUUGAAGCUUUGAUAUACUGGCCGUUUUUAAUAAAUCUAUACUAAAAAUGCAAAUAGAAACUAUAAUUUAACUAAUUUGUUAGAAAAAUCCCACACCUUUGAUUGAACUUUUGGAUGCCUUAUCAAUAUUAAAUACUGAUUGAAUUUGGUACAAUAUCAGGAUCAAACCAUUCAUACUUGAAUUCCCUUUGCUUAUUCCGUUUCUUUAUCUCAUGAGACAGCUUCUUGAGCUCCAACCGAAACCUGAAAGAUUUUAGUCAUUUCACAUAAUUAAUUCUGCUAUGCUCAAACUCACUCUUCAGCUAUGUGAACAAUGUCGGGGUUGUACAAGUACUGCACCUCAAAGUCUCCAAGGCUUUUUGUUCCUUUCAUGCUCAAAAGUUUUGUGAUCACCUGGCAUAAAUUCCGUAAAAAAAAAAUUCAAAUUUAUAAAUUUAAAUUUUCAUUUUU